UUGUUGUUUUGCUUUUGUCUCAUAUUGCGUUUUCUUUUGCGAUUCGUAAACAAGACCCGGUGUGAGUGGAUUUUUUUAAAGUUAAUGUGAAUUUGGUGUCCAAUUUGAGGAUAAACAAAGGGUCCACUUAUUCAAGAACAAAAUGAAUUUCUUGCGGCAAUCGUUCAACAUAACAAAAUCCCUCGCUAACGAAGCCUUUUCGUCAUUCCUGCAGCGGGGAACGAUGGCCACCCUGAACCAGAUGCAUCGCACCGGGCCACAUAUCAAGGAACGUCCCCCGAGGCAGCCGCUGGAUGGGAAACCCUUCGCCAAGGGAGUGGUGCUCAAGACGCUGAUCAAGAAGCCCAAGAAACCGAACUCGGCCAACCGUAAGUGCGUCCUGGUGCGGCUGAGCACCGGCAAGGAGCUGGUCGCCUAUGUUCCGGGCAUCGGCCACAACCUCCAGGAGCACAACAUCGUGCUGGUGCGGGUUGGCCGCAUGCAGGAUCUGCCCGGUGUCAAGAUCAAAUGUGUCCGCGGGGUGUACGACUUGCCGCACGUGAUCAAACAGAAGUAGAAGCUAGCGGCUAGCGAGUGACGUUUUUCCACAAUAAACCCUGGAGGUACCGUUGUUAGAAUAGUGUAA